AUGAGGAAACCGGAGUUGCUCCAGAGAGCCUUGGCCCGGGCUCGGUCAAGUGGGGAGGAUUCUGAUAACAAGGACUCAAUCCCGAGGUCUGACGAAUCUCCGUCAGACGAGGAGAGCCCUUUGAUGGGUGGUGAAGUGAAGAUAUGUGUGGGGUGUAUUUCAAGGGAGAGGAAACGGGCCGCAAGGAAGAAGCCCAAGCAAAUCAAAGAGGAAGAGGAAUGGAUGAUGGACGAGCCGAAGAGGGCUGUAGUAUUUAAUAACCAUGAAGUCCGGGAAUGGUUGCCAACUUCUGGAAUUCAAUCUCUGAAUGGUGGCAUGGAUGGAAGUGGUGUGUUGGGUUCGUGGGAAGAUGGCAUGAUUAUGGAACUUCACAUGAGGCUUGCCUGCUAUUGUCGGCACCAGGGCGAAAAGGAGGGAUUUAGGGUUAUCUUUACCAUCAAGAACCAUGAAGAUGUAGUGAUUGCACAGCAAAUCACUAGCUCCAUACUGAUUACAGAUGACCACAAGUCCAGUGCUUCGACCCCUUCGAUAAAUGGCGGAUCUCAGGAUAUCAAACUUGUAGGAACUGGAUAUCAGCCUCCCCAGAAUCAACUACCUCCAAACAUUUUCGGCACUCCCGUAGGCAGCAUUUCAUCCCACGACAACCAGCAAAGCUUCGGUGCCAUGGGCUCCGGGGCUCACGGGUCGACCCCUCAGUCGCCACUUUUCUCACAAAGCUCGUUUUCCCCUCCCCCUCCUUUUGGCCGCAAUAUGUCUCCCACGUCCCCCAUGGCAUCCACUGGAUCACAUCAGCAGUCGCCUCCACCUCAGCUGCCCAGCGGAAACCCCUCCACCAAAAAGAGGAGAAUGAACUCCGUUCCUAAAGUGCCAGUUGGUUUGACUAUGACUCGAAUGGACAACCCAUGCCCUUCGUUCCAACAACAGAAUGGGCCCCUGAUCGCGAACAACCAGCCAACCCAACUUCAAGCACCUGCUCUCAACCCUUUCUCGGUAGCCCAAUCCCCCCAAGCAUUUUGGGCCGACGAGCCUAUGACUCCAUCUGGGAUGAGUGAUCAUGCGGGAUUCCAGUUCGAUUCAACCCCGAGUACCAAUUUCAAUGGACUUGAUAACAGAAGUCAAUUCGCCUCACCCCAAUCUGCCCGCCCUAGCCGUGCCCCUAGCCCAUCUCCACAAGAAGCCUUCCUACGGGCUCAGCAGGCUGCAUCUCGAGUUCCUAUGCAUCCACAGAGUCAAGUGAGGCAUGUCCAAACACACAAUUUCCAGGCUGUCCCUCCAGAGUCUGAGGCCAGCCAGCUUCCAGAAGUUAGCCGACUGGUCCCCCAGGAAGGGACAUGUAGAGGCGGAAUCGAAGUGACUGUACUAGGGCGGAGUUUUGUACCAGGGUUAACAGUCCUUUUUGGUGGGACACCAGCAAGUUACAACUUUUUCUUUAGCCCAACAACCAUGGUCUGCUUAUUGCCUCCCAAUGCUUCCCCCGGGCCAGUAGUUGUGUCAAUCAGGAAUGUUCAACUUGGGACAGGCGCGGACAAAGUUCGAUUCUUUACGUACAUUAAUGAUGCUGACAAGUCUUUGAUGGAGCUUGCGCUGCAAAUUGUUGGAAUGAAAAUGCGGGGGACGAUGUCUAACCCCCAGGAUAUUGCACGGAGUAUUAUUGAGGGUGAUACAGGGUCCGCCUUCAGCCAGGGAUCCCCACGUGCCUCGCAAGAUGGGACUAGCGGCUCCCAGCAGCAUCACCAAUACCUCCGACGUUUAGCGGGCGAGAGUGGCUUUGGACGCCACGGACUUGAGGGGACUCUGCUGAAAUUCUUGGACGCAAUGGAUCUCGAUGAGAGCCCUUAUCCCUUCCGCCUCGAUCUGACGAACAAGGCGGGCCAAACCAUGCUUCAUUUGGCGUCUAUGCUUAAUAUGGGGCGGUUUGCUGCCGCCCUCUUGGCGAGGGGGGCGUCGGUCCAAGCUGCUGAUGCUAAUGGAUACACACCUUUACAUUUUGCUGCACUGCACCGUCACCUUGAGAUUUACAGAAGGCUUUUGCGUCACAAUGCGAAUCCCAACUUGCAGACUAGAAAUGGAGAUACCGCGAUAGAUCUUGCCUUCAAACAGGGGUCUUCGAGGGGAAGAUCACAACGUGAUACUCGCUCCCGACACCAGAGCCGUGCCAGCUCAACUUCAUCCGAGGGCCACUUCGGAAGCCGGAGCAGAGCGGGCAGUUCGGCAUCUCUCAGUGCUAUGUGGGACCCAAGUGGUAUGGAGACUGGACGUCAUAAGUAUGUUGGGGUUGAUGAUUUCUUUGGUGCUGCGGACGAGAGCGCUAGUGGUGACGGCGAUGAUAGCGUGGACGAUCGCUGGAUGCACUCCAGGAGAGGUAGUCGUCAUGAGACUACUGCGGUCAACGCUUCGCUUGGUGAUAAUGUUCUUGCGACAGACCGAGCCCCACCUGUGCCUGGUUCCAUGCCCCCCCCUACUGAAGGACUUGCUCCAGCGGCUGCUGUAACGGCCUGGAGGGAGCAGAUUGCUGCUAGCAUUCAAAACCUGCAAAACCUUCACUGGAAUCUCCCGGCAAUGCCAACCGCUGCGGAUUACCAGCAUAUCUUCCAGAAUCCUAUGGCUGCUCUUCAGAACCCGAUGGCUAGGUUCCAUGCGUUAAUGCCACCAUCCCCAUUUGCGCAAGACAGGGAUGUAGUCAACAGUCCAGAGAUCAAGAAGGGUCAGUACACCUGGUGGGAACUCUUCAGUGCUCCUCAGGCGCCUCCCGCAUACGACGAACUGUUCCCACACCAACCUGGCGGUUCACAUGGUCCUCCGGGAGACAUUGUGUUGGAGAGAGGUUCGGCGGCAGAUAACGCAAAGUUACUAGAAGAGGAAGAACUCGUGCCACCCGGAUCUUCCGGGUCCUUGAGUUCUGCAUCCUCACUCGAUGUCAACGAGCUGAGAUACCGCAUCGCAAGAGGCGUACAGGACAUGACGAAGGAGCAACAAGAUGAGUAUCGCGCGCAUGCCAGGAAAAUGAAGAAGAUUGAGAGCGAUCGUCGUCUGUACUUUUUCUGGCUCCCCGCAUUGAUACUGAUCCUCAUGGCAAUGGCAAUGAGCUACGGCCCAGCGGUCUGGUACGCGUUGAAAGUUAUCGUUUCGUUUGUAGAAGCGGUAUUUGAGGAUCCUUCUAGCAUUAAGGAGAGUAUGGCUGCAAUGGCGUCGGGCGUGGCUGUGGCAGGCGGGUUUCUGGAACCUAGGGUAGUUCCUGUCGUAUGAUUUCUUAUUUUUUAUUUUUUAUUUUUUUUGGUUCUUGUUUUCAACUACUGCUUCUAUUCGUGUUCGGAACAGAAACCAUAAUAGCCUUGUUGAUGGGUAUGGGGGUUUUCUCUUAAAACGAAAGGACCAACUGGAUGGGUUAGUCUUUUCUUUUCUUUUUAUCAUAUCAUCACAAAUACCUCUUUCAUUCCGUAUCAUAUGUGGUUUAACAUAAGCCACUUCAUGUGCCCCGCCAAACCUCUCCUUUUACUUUUCCCUAUUACGAUUGUCCACUUGCCAAGACGGUUUCUCAACUUUGCUUCCAGGAAGGGUCGGUGCAUUUGUUUUUUGUCCACUCCCUUUUGUGUUUCCUAUUUUGCUCUGCAACGCGUAUGGGAAACGGGAUAUAGCGGUCAUGCUUGUUUUCUUGCACUUUCUUAUGUUUUAGGAUAGGGUUUGAUGAUGCUAGGUAGGUAGGUUAAUUUAGUUAGUUUAGUUUAUCUAGCUUAGCUUAGUUAGCUAGCUAGGUUUACGGAUGGUCACUAAGCAUAGUUCCAUAUGGAUGCCGCAA